UUUUAUAUAUCUAUUAUCGAUGGGAAAACGUUUUGUUUGUGGAUGUGGUGUCUUUCCACGGCUUUUCGACCAUCUAACCGGACCUUUUAGAGAUCCAACAGACUGGCAGGACUGCGACAGAUAAUGAAAGACGCGGGUGGAUUUCAGUGGUGUCUCGGCGGAUUAGAGUGGAUCUCUCUCGACAACCAGCCAGGCUCUACAGGGACAGAAGUGUGAGAUCUGCCCCUGGAGAUGGAUUCAUACGCUUCUCAACUCAACCGCAGCCUGUCGCUGGCGAGUGGCCUGGAGAAGUCGUCGCCGACGUGGAACAAAGCGUCCCACUCUCGGAGCAGCAGCACAGUGUCAUCUCGCCACUCCAGACAGAUGAUCAAAGAUUGGGAAGUCAUUGAUGACCUUCCUGUAGAAAUGCACAUGGGAGGUGACCAUCCUCAGGAUAUGACCACCCCGGGUGUCUGUGAAGGAUAUCUUCUCAAGAGGAGGAAGUGGCCACUGAAAGGUUGGCACAAGAGAUACUUUGUCUUGGAAGCUGGGAUUUUGCGUUACUCCAAAAACCAACAGGACGUCUCCAGGGGGCGGGUCCAGGGCUCCCUUGAUGUUAGUCUUGCGGUAAUGUCAGUAAAUAAAAAAUCAAACCGCAUUGACCUGGAUGCGGGGGACAUUCUCUAUCAUAUGAAGGCAAAGAGUCAUGAACUCUUCUACAUCUGGAUGACCAAACUACAAGCCCACCGCCUGUUCAAGAAGAACGAGGCAGCGCAAGUUCACAGCGGCUUCAUGCAGACUUUGUCUCACAGCGCUGCCGCCGGACCAGCUCAGAGAAAUGGAGAUCUGAGCUCCACAGGUGUGAUUGAUUUGGCUCAGGCGUCAGGAGCGCUGCCCUCGGCUAACACGGCUGUCAACAGAAAAGUUUCUGCCUGGCUGCAGCAGAGUCACGACCCAGACAACUGUGUUCAUGAGUUGAACCGAUGCCAUUUGGACUUGUCUGAGCUAAACCGCUUAAUCCAGAGGCUGCAGGCGCUGGAGGUGGGCCAGGCUUUCACAAACGGAGACCUGCAGCGGAUCAUCAGCAUGCAGAAUCUUUCACUUGAGAAGCCAAAGAAGGCAAAGUCAGGGAAGUUGUGGGGCCACUCUCGCACACUGUCUACAGUAGAGACCUUGGGAAUUCUGUCCUCCAGUCACCUGAGCAGUCCAUCUCACCUCGGUGCAUCAGUGCCCUCCAUCCCGGACUACGUCUACUCUCAGUUGUCCCCGCCCACCGUCACAUCGCCCGAGAGCAAGAAAAUCCAGCAGGACAUCUGUUCCACAUCGUUACGAGUGCUUGCAUCCCUGAAAUCAGUUCACGAGACUCUUUUCCAGGAGAGGCAGAAAAUACAAGAAGUCUGGGAAUCUAACACCAUCCACCAGUCCAACACGUUAACUGAGCCUUCAGCAGAGCAGCAUUCAUCCCUCAGGCCUCCUUCGGUGGCCGACUCAGGUGCGGAGUACUUUGAUGCCAGCGACGACGUCGUCUGUGGUAGCUCCUCUGAGGUGUCUGAAGAAUCGGGACUCAGCGAUGGAAGCACGACCAACUCAGAGCCAGAGGAGGGACAUGCAUCAGCCACUCGCAAGUACCGCGCCAGCAUUUCCAAGACCCCUAACAGUGUCGUUCCCAAGAGCACUGGGCGUCGAACCACAUUACCUGCUCACUGUCCCGACAACAGCCACGUGGGCCUCAUGGCUAUCCUCUACAAUAACAUAGGUAAAGACUUGGCUCGAGUGUCCAUGCCUGCUGCUCUCAACGAGCCUGUGAACCUGCUGCAGAGACUUUGUGAGGAGCUGGAGUACAGCGAGCUGCUGGACACUGCCAGCAACACACCAGACCCCUAUCAGAGGAUGGUUUACAUUGCUGCCUUUGCCAUCUCUGGAUAUUCCACUGCAACGUUCAGAAACCGCUAUAAGCCCUUUAACCCGGUGCUCGGGGAAACGUACGAGUGUGUCAGAGAAGAUCGAGGGUUCCGCUUCAUCAGCGAGCAGGUCUGCCACCAUCCGCCCAUCUCUGCAUGCCAUGCAGAAUCAGAGAACUUCUCUUUUUGGCAAGACCAGAGAUGGAAAAAUAAAUUCUGGGGGAAGUCAUUGGAGAUUCUGCCAACCGGAAUGGUGAACGUGACUCUUCCAAGGUAUGGUGACCACUAUGAGUGGAACAAAGUGGUGACCUGCAUCCAUAAUGUCCUCAGUCAGCAGCGCUAUCUGGAGCAUUACGGAGAGGUCACCAUCAAAAAUCUUAACAGUAGCGUGUGCACGUGCAAGAUCACCUUUGUCAAGUCCCGUUAUUGGGGCUCGGACACAAACAAGAACGAGGUGCAGGGCAUGGUGCUGGAUCAGAGUGGGAGUGUCAUUCACCGAUUUGGCGGUCUGUGGCAUGAAGGCAUCUUCUGUGACACUCUGCCGACUCCAAAAUGUGUCUGGAAGCCCAAUCCCCAGCCAAAGGAUCACCUACUGUACUAUGGCUUCUCCACCUUAGCAAUGGAGCUGAAUGAACUCACCCCUGACCUGGAGCCUCUACUGCCCCCUACAGACAGCCGUAUGCGCCCAGACCAAAGACUGUUGGAGGAGGGACAAGUGAAUGAAGCGGACAGAAAGAAAGACGAGAUAGAAGACAUACAGAGGGAUCGGAGGAAAGUGCUCGCUAAAAGGGGCGAAGAACAUGUUCCACACUUUUUCAAGAAAGCCAAAGAUUUGUGUGGACGGGACGUGUGGUUGACAAACAGCUCUUACUGGAAGCUCCGAGAGGAUCCAGGCUUUGUUAAUAUGGACAACAUUACUCUGUGGUGAUGAUGGUUGGAGUGCAAAGCGACAGCAGACACUAAAGAAUAUCUGUGGAGGAUAUUUGAACAGCAUAUAUGAACUGCUCUGAGUGGAGAUUGUGCUGUUUUUUUCUGUUUCUACUGUACGCCCAUGACUGGCUCAUGGGAACCUUCUGCACCUGAUAGUCUCAGAAAGUUGCUGUAUUUAGAAAGAAUUCUGUCAUUAAUAUUCAUUUUGUAAUGUGUGUUUUUUUUUUUAGACAAAUUCACUCAGUAUUCAUAUACUUAUGUUGAAAAGAAUACAUUUUUUUUCUGAAACAUAACAAUUAGCAUGUUGUAAGUAAAUAUUAAAAUAAAAACACGUCCUCCAGCUUACAAUGCAACAAUGACUCUUCCUACUUUGGGAAAAUGAGACACCAAAAUGUUGCGUUUUGUCAUGUGUAAGCUUUAAUUUCAUGAAUAAAAAAACAACAGUACAUGACACAAUUAAGCCACCUUUAAUAAAUAACAGUUCCCC